AUGGUGGAGCCUCUGAGAGGCCUCACACACAACGAUGCUGAAUUCAUUUGGACGGAGCGGCAUCAGAAAGUCUUCGAGAGAAUAAAGCAAGAAAUGUCCCAAGUGCGCACAUUAGCGUAUUCCGACGACAGCAAGGAGACCUACAUUAUAACGGAUGCAGGGCCAGAUGGAGUAGCUGGAGUUUUGGCCCAAGAGUCUAAAGACAAGGAAAAUCUCAGCAUCCUCGCGUACUACAGCAGAGCACUGACGUCAACAGAAAAACGGUAUCCCCAGAUUGACAAAGAGAUGUUGGCAAUCGACGGCGGAACGUUUUCGUGCGUACUUGGCAGGAGCCAAGUUCACUAUAAGAACGGAUCAUCUGCCACUGGUGUCCAUUCUCAAGAACCCAAGCGCCAAGCUCACAUCCCCGGAAAGGAAAAUCCUGCUGACUACUUAUCCAGGCACCCAGUACCAAAUCGAGAUGACGGGCCAGCUCGGGAAACCGUCGUAGUCGAAGAAUACGUCUCCUUCGUUCUGAGAGCAGCUACACCGAAGGCAUUAACGGUGCAAGAUGUGGAAAAAGCAUACAAAGAGGACGCGCAGAUAAGCCUACUUGUCAAGGCACUACGGGAAGGUCACACACUACGAAGGUCACAUGAGCGCCUCUGGAAGGACGAAAGGCUGAAGCCCUUCCUCCAGAUUCGGGACGAGCUGACAGUGACCGAGGCCAACGUCGUCCUAAGAGGAACACGACUGGUGAUUCCAGAAAAUGUACAAGACCAGGCUAUCCCACUUAGCGCAAAAAGGCAUCGUGAAGACGAAACAGCUAAUCAGGGCAAAGAUUUGGCUCCCAGGAAUCGACAAGAAAGUAUAGGCAGCAAUCAGACGUUGCGAAGCGUGCCAAAGAACAGUUCAGGAGAAAAAGACAUCGCCGCUUGGCCUCUGCCAGGCCAGAAGUACCUGCUGGUCGUCGUGGACGAAUAUUCGCGGUUUCUAGUGGUUUCCACGCUCUCGUCUCUAAACGUGAAAACCGUCACGGCUAGACUAAGCGACAUACUCGCUGUGCAUGGAAUGCCGUAUGAUUUGAAGACCGACAAUGGUCCCCCUUUCUUUGGUAAGGAGUUUGGGGGAUUUCUGCGCCUGAAUGGUAUACGGCACCACCGCACAACACCCUUGUGGACGCAAGCAAACGGCGAGGUGGAGAGAUUCAUACGGAACGUAAAGAAGACCGUCAAGGCUGCGUGUGUUGGAGGGAACGAUUAG